CCCGGCUCCUCACACUUCUUCUUCUUCACGCUUCGCGCUCAUUAGUAGUGACACGGUGUCCUGUGUUGGCUUAGCAUCACAUUUGGGAUGAACAGAAUGGCAGACAGCUGAACCCCGGCCGGCUCACACUACAUGAAGUCUACAGGUAUCAUGAUGGAGGUGGCCGGUCCCUGGGCCGAAGUGUUCGAGGGCUCAGAGGGGACGGAGUCGCCUGGACGAGCCGAGACGUUGUUGGCGAGCUCCACCCUGACUCUGGCUCCGCUGGUCGCCAAGUCGCCCUCCGUCCGCCGCUCACAGCCCAUCCUCAUCACCUCAAACAGGGUGAAAGGUGUCCAGUCGUUCUCCUCCUCCGUCCCCUCCUCCAUACCGAACCCCUUCCCCGAGCUGUGCAGCCCCUCACAGUCUCCAGUCCUCAUCAGUUCACUUCCUCCUCCUUCAAGUGACAAACAUCUGAUUAAGGUGUACGGAGAGGACAGUCACAGCAGGUCAGUGUGGGUGUCCCGCGGAGCGACGGCCCGAGAGGUGUGUCACCUGCUGGUGCAGACGGCUCACUGCAGCGACCAGGAGAACUGGGCUCUGCUGGAGCUGCACCCCACCCUCGGCCUGGAGCGAUGUCUGGAGGACCACGAGGUCGUGCGGGAGGUUCAGGCUACCUGGUCGCUGAAAGGCGACACGAGACUCGUUUUCUGCAAAAACUACGCAAAGUACGAGUUCUUCAGGAAACCGAUGCUCUUCUUCCCCGAGUCCAUGAUCUCCGACAGCGCUGAUGUCAGCAAGGGGAUGACAUCAUCACAGCUCAUUCAGAACCUGCUGAAGUCUGGGACGUGUCCAGAGAUUCAGGGUUUCCUGCAAGUUAAAGAACCGAGUCGUAAAGCCUGGAAGAAGGUCUACUUUUUCCUUCGACGAUCCGGACUCUACUGCUCCACCAAAGGAUCCUCCAAGGAGCCUCGACACCUGCAGUACGUCGCCGACCUGGACGAGUUGAACGUUUACACGGUGGUGAACAGUCGUAAACUGUACGGAGCGCCUGCGGACUUCACCUUCUGCAUAAAGCCUUCCAAAAAUCCCGUCCGUACUCAGGACCUGAAGAUCUUGUGUGCUGACAGCGAACAGACUCGGACAUGUUGGACGUCGGCUUUCAGAUUGUUCAAGUACGGGAAGCAGCUCCAGUGUAACUACCAGCUGUCCAAGUCGGCCCCUCGCAGCCUCGAAGGAACCAAAUUCCCAGAUGGAAAAUCCAAGUCCGAGGCGAGUCUGGUGGCCAUGGACUUCUCAGGGAAGGCGGGCGGACGGGUCAUCCAGAACCCGACGGAGGCCCAGAGUGCGGAGAGGGAGGAGGGACAAGCCUGGAGGAGGAGAGAAGCCCUCAGGUGCAGUCUGCCCAACCUGAACUCUGCAGCCCGACCUUCCUCCAUUCACAAGACCCAGCCGUGGUUUCAUGGCGGUGUGUCCAGGAAAGAAGCUCAGAGGCUGAUAGAGAAGCAGGGCCUGGUGGACGGGAUGUUCCUGAUCCGUGAGAGUCAGCAGCAUGCUCAGUGCUUCGUCCUCUCUUUGUGUUAUAAGCUGAAGACCAAACAUUACCUGGUUAUCCCCUGUGAAGACGGAGGCAGGAAGUACUUCACCAUGGACGACGGCCUGACGCUCUUCAUCGACCUCCUCCAGCUGGUGGAGUUUCACCAAAUCAACAAGGGCAUCCUCCCCGUCUGCCUCAAACACCCCUGCGUCUGCGUAGCACUUUAAAAUCCUUUACACUCAGCCCCUGUAUGUGACCUCUGCCCCUCUGCCGGUCCAGGAUCUUAAAUUCACCGUCUGUGAAGUACGAGGCCCACGCUUCUCUGGAUUGAAUUGAUAUCUAUUAAGCGCCGCUGAUAAAGAGCAAUUACUGGACUCCGAGCCGGAGCGGUUCAAAAGGUGCGUGAUAAUGUUAUCAGCGCCGGAAGACGUGGACUCCUGGGAAGCGCGAGUCAGAUAUGUCCGCCCCUCGUCUCUUUAGCCGUUUUAAUUAUUCCGAGUACAUGUGCAGCUCCAGACAGAGGUUUUUAUUUUUUAAUUAAUGAGCCGGCGUUCCCCCCGUGGAGAUGUCUUAAUUAGCCAUGCUGGACGGACUUUUUAGCGCUUUGGGGAGCUGUUAACGUGCUCUUUGAUUCAGAUUCACACGGCCAUGCGUGCACUGUGAUGAGGGGGCAGCAGGAGGACGUGUUUGAUUAGUGGCUCCACCAGAUUUCACUGAAGAACUGAUCGCCUGUGGCCACCAGAGGGCGCCCUGAGUCAAAGCUGAGACAGAGGAGUUUACUGGGUCGCCCCCCCCCAGCCUGUUUGGCUGUUAUUAAUGAAGAGAAUUGUGUUAUUAUCAUAAUGAAAAAUGCCCCAGGUGCCAGACAUGUAGCAUGUACAUCCUCACUCAAAACUGUUUGAUGUUUAAGUGCCUUAAAAACAAUCUCAUAUAAGAGAUCUCUCUCAAAUAAAAACUCUUUCAAAGCUUUUUUUUUGCACUACGAUGGUGAAGGGGAACCGCAUUAUCCUGUGAUGUUUAAACAACCAAAUAUCAAACAUUACAAAAGUUGAUCUGCUUGUUGUUGGUGUAGAGACAGAGAAGACAUUGUUGACCCAUAAGACGUGUUUUUAAAUCUGCAAUAACGCUAAAGAAGACGGUAGGAUGAUGUAAAAGCUCAGGAAAAAAAACACUUUUAAGACUUCUUGGUGAUUAUUUACAGGACUGUUGUUUACUCGUGCAUUUUAUUCUUGGCAGUCCAAUUUGUAGAAUAAAUUCUUCAAUAGGUUUACUUGAAUUGAGACGAAGCAAUUUCCACUUUUCCACAUAUCCCAUAAAUAAAAAGCAAAUGAUCCCCCUGUGAAAUGAAACUUUUCAUCAGAGCUGGUUGUUAAAAUCACAUUUUUACUUUUGAAUUUUUUGCACUUACUGUUUGCUUUUUAUAUCCUGGAGAUCUGAAAAUGUCAUCAUGUCUUUACAAAUAACGUCUUAAUUCAUCAUUUCCACAUUCCUUUUAAAUCAGAGGGUUUGUUCGUUUUUUACUCUUUGUAUGUUCUGUGCCCUUUUCACAUUAUUUUUAUAUGCUGAAUAAAUAAUUAUGUAUUAAUUCA